GGGAAGAGAAAUAGGAGAUGAAAGGAGGGAUAUGGGAGAGGGAUGGGUGGGGGCUUGGAAAGAGGGUAUUGGACUCCAUUUAAAAGGUUCGUGUCCGUGGUCUCCUCUCAAAUCCCUCUCUUCCAACCCUCUCGAUCUACACAACUAUUCAUACAACUUUGCCACCAUGUCAGCAAUCAGCCGUGCAAUGGCCUUACUCACAGAUACCUUUGAAAAACACGCUGGAAAAGAUGGACGACCCAACAUGUCCAAGGCAGAACUCUCUGAUCUGCUCCGUGCAGAGUUUCCUCAGAUAUGCAACAACAAAGAAGCAUUGGACAACAUCUUCGCCAUACUGGACAACGACAAGGAUGGGUCGGUUGACUUCAAGGAGUUUGUCACUUUUGUGGCAGCCCUCACUGUGAUGUCCAAACAACAUUAAAGACCUUGGGCACAUUUCCCCAGAACGUUCUCGUUGGUUUAGAAUGAAAUAGCUGAGUGUUCCGAAUUGAACUGGCGACACGGUCACAUUUAUAAAAACAUACAUUUCAUUAUCAUAUGUUCUGAGGAGGAAAGUUGGUCAAAAACCUAAUUAAAAUUAUAUUCUGUAGUUCAUUAGGGAGAGUCGACUUGAACAUUCCUGAAAUAAAUGAUGUGACACUUUCAAA